AAGCGAGAUGGCCGAAUGCGUCUAGGGCAGCGGUUGCUUGCCAGGUCCACCACCGUUGCUUUGCACUUUGUCGCUGUGCUUCUGAGGUUCUGCGACACCCUGGCCUGACAGGGUCGUAAGACUGGCAGUGGUCUUUGCGAUACCGGAAACCGGACGUGGUCUACAGUGUUACAAAUGGCCCCACCAUCGCUCGUUUCCGAAACUGAAAGGGCUGGCUUGAGGAAUACGGCUAGUGGCGAACGCUACGUCCAGACCUUCUAGCAACAGUGCUGAGAGUAAGAAAAAACGAUGGAUUCUAUAAUGGAGAAGCUCUUAAUAGGGCUGAGCCUGCUCUUCGUAACCUUAGAAAGGAUGUCUGCGCAGAAGGAAACGCUUAAUCCAAAAGGAUGUGGCGUGUCCAGCUACAAGACCAUGAUAGUGAACGGCACUGAAGUCAAAGAAACACAGUAUCCAUGGGCGGUGUUUCUAGCAACGCAGUUUCCCUCAGGUCAAUAUGCUUGCGGAGGCACCAUCAUCACAAAGCGCCACGUCUUGAGUGCGGCCCACUGCUUUUUUGUUAACAACGAAUACGCACAGAAGGUGACUGUCUCGUACGGCAGUGUGGAUCGUCACAGCGGAAAGAAGGUUGACGCUUCGAAGGUGCUCAUUCACAAGCAUUUCGACAAUCUAACUGCCUCGAAUGACAUCGCCCUUCUUGAGGUGAAAUACCCGUUCCAGUUUAGCAAAGACGUCGCGCCUAUAUGCCUCCCGACGACCCCGGUGAAACUUGUGAAUAAAGAUGCGGUUGUCGCUGGAUGGGGAUCUCUUUACCUUGGGGGACAAGGCGUCGACUUCCUUCGUCACACAACGGUCACAUUUUUGCCUGACCAGAUAUGCAGUGUAAUAUUUAUGGGACGAAGGUACUCAAGCGUGCUGCAAUGCUGUGCCCAUAAGCGGGGCAAGGGCGCGUGCAAGGGUGACUCGGGAGGACCAGUGAUGCUACGGUCCGCAACUGACCGCUUCCAGCAAGUUGGCAUAGUCUCGUACUUGAUCGGCACAUGCGGCGGAGACUUCAACCCACAAGUAUACACGCGAAUAAACGCUUACAUCGACUGGCUGACACAGGCAGUUUCUUCAAGCGCAAGCUACAAGCUUCUUGGCAGUCCAAAGCCCGAAAUGCUCAAAAGAAUUUCUAUCUCUUGGGGAUAAGAAAAAUUUUGAGUCAAUAACACACAACAUUCACAGGGUGGCGUGGAUAUGGCCUAAUAAAUAGCCCUUUCAAUGAC